UCAACGUUCCCACUGUGCAUGGGGUGUAAUUAACAACAAAAAAAUAGUGCCGUGAGUUCCCAUUCGCACGACCGAAGCCGCGUGAGUGCUCGCCGUUCGCUCAGUUUCUCCGAAAAGGGCAAGCGUGCAGGAUGUGGUCGCCGUGUCGCUCCGUCCGAAAACCGUUCUAAGCUUGCGCGUAGCAUGCAAUUUCCGGUAAAGUUUGGCCAAUGGUUUUUUGGGAGUGAUGGUUUCUAGCAACAAAUCAACCACCCAGGCAUGCCAGUGUUAGUAGCUGCAGCGUAGCAGAGAAACCCAAGAGAGAGGAAAAGCAAAUCUUCCCACGCCUGCACGAAUGUGUUUCUGAAAGUGUAGCGCGCGUGUGUGUGUGUGUGUGUGAUGAAAGGUGUCCAGCAUCCAGUAAGGCCAGUUUGCCCGUUGCCCAUUCUCGUUCGCAUUCCAAUGUGCUGGGCGCUAAGUGAUGCUGUGUGCAAGAAGAAGCCGAUGAUGAUGCUGAUGAUGUUUCGGUUGUGAAGUGGUGUUGGUUUCUCCUUUUGUUUUAUGCUGAGAAAAGUGCCUACUGAGAAAAAAGCAAAAGAUCGUGUGCAGAAGAAAAUUAAUUGAAGCAGCACAUCCAAACCAAACCUGUGCGCGUUCAAAAAGUCAUUGACGAGCAGGUCACUGUUCGUGUGUGUGCGUCUGUGUUUGAUUGGUAUUGGUCAGCAAGAUACGUGUGCGUGUGUGCGUGUGUGUGUUGAUUGUUUCCUCAAACCCCAAACCAGGACCACCCAGGUGUUGCAGCACAACAUGAGGCAAAAUGCCGUUCGUGAAGCGUGUCGUAACCCCCAAGUACAUCGCCCGCUCGUCCAAGUUGGCGCUGCAGCCGUACGCGGCCGCCCCGACCAUCCCGGUGGCGGACAAUGAGUUCGAGGCGCUGACCAACGUGACGCUCAGCAAUGCGCUGCGCCAGCUCGCGUCGCUCGUCUACAUCUCGAACCAGAUCUUCACCGAGCUGCACCAGGAGCUGUCCAGCGUGAAUGAGCGGUCGCUCGGCAUCAAGCAGCGGAUCGACCGGCUGUCCGCGAAGGUGGACCAGUGCGAUCCGAAGCAGGUCACCGUGCCCGAGAGUGACCUCGAUACGUUCGUGCAAAUUAAGCAGCACUACACGACCAAGUACCAUGUCGACACGGGGCUGUUCACCGUGGCCACGCGGUCCGAGACGGUGCAGGAGCUGUACGAGGCGGCGGCCAAAACGCCCGUCGCCACGAUCGCCGAGAUGGACCGGAUCAUGGGCAACAUUGCCGGCAACAGUACGGAGGCGUUCAUCUGCACGCCGAUCCUCAGCCGGCAGCGGCGCAACGCGCGCACCAACAACGUCGACCUGGACAUCGAAGUCAGUCUGCCAACGGCCGUUCAGGAUCUACGCAAAUGGACAUCGACCGAGGCCAUCGGCGACGUUACGACCGGCAUCGCGUGCUCCGCCAAGAUCGCAUCCCACAGUUCCACCAACAAUUCCGUCCUACCGUACAUUACCGAAUCGCCCACUGAUCUGACGGACGCACCGACCACCUCCAACAUGGCAGCGUCCGGUGACGAAACGGACCUCGAUGCAAUCACGACCCUAGCGGAAUCGGGCAUCCCAAGCAGCAACACUAGCGGCGAUGAUCGUGUCGAUCACCUGCUGCCCUCCCCGGCCGAGCAAUGCCGCAUUUUGGCCUCCAAGUUCCCCGCGGAAACGAUCAAGAUCGACACCUCGGGCCGGGCGUUCGACCGCAUGUCGUCGACGCGCAAGUCGCUGGUGUGCUACACGACGACACGGCAGAAGAAGGAGGGUGACGCGGCCAAACCGGAAGAGGAUACGGUCAGGCGGAGGUCCCGGUUGAGGCGCCCGCGAGGCAAGCGGCGCAACACGAUCGCCAGCUCGGACCAGCGGGAAAUUGCGGAAGUCAUCAACAAGGGAGAACCCGAGAGCGGUACGGUGGACGAGCAUCCGGUGUGCGAUUUCGGCGAGCUAAUGCCGGCGAUACGCAGCAAGUCGGGCGAUCUGCUGCGCAAGGAACCGUCCUUCUCGGCCGAGUGGGCCAAGAGCUUCAACAAGAUGUCUCACUUCAACUCGCUCAAGCAGUGGGGCAUGAACCGGCUGCGCAUGAUGAACCGCGACUCAUCGUCGGCGAGCCAGCGCGACAAGGAUCAGGACAUUGACGACUUCAAUAUCCACGAUACCACGCUCGCGCGGCAGCCCAGCGUCGGGGGGAGCCGGCGCCGGGGCGGCAGCACCACCGACAGGGAGAAGCGCCUUUCGCACGAUCGAAAGCCGUCUUACUCAUCGUCGGAGCGCAGCUCGACCGGCAUUCUUGGGGGAACGGCGGCGUACCUGCCCGCCUCGAUCAACCCGGUGAAGCUGCGGGAAACAUCCACGAUACGGCGCCAGCGUCGCACGGCACUGGGCAACCGGGAUGAGCCGCACUCGUCCAGCGGCAACUGGAGCGCGAGUUCCGAAUCGGGCAGGACGUCGAUCGGUAGCGAGAUCACGACGACCAACACGCACCCGAAAUCGAGCGCAUCCAGCACGUCGUUGAACCACAGCAAUCCGAUCAGUUCGAGCGCUCCGCCGAGUUCGAUCGUGAGCCGGCGUCGGUUCUUCAACACGUCCGCGUCGAGCAGUGUGACGAGCGAGGGAACGAUCACGCCGGAUCUGCAGACGUUUGACUACCACGAUGAGGGCGGUGAGACGAGCUCGGUGUAUUCGUGCGAUACGGAGGGAUACUACACCUCGUUCCACGUCGAUUCGGGACUGAAAACGCUGAAGGAGGAAGAACCCAUGACGCCGCUACAGUCGACGACGGCUCUAUCAAGCAUUACGUCGUUUUCGAGCUCGGGCAAUACGACCGUGGUGUCGGAUUACGACGUGUACGGGAAGGGUUCGACGUCCACGACGACCAGCUCGGCCGGCACGAUCUGCACGGUGCUGGCGGAGGGUGACAAGAGUGUCAGUGCCAGUGCCUCCAACCUGCCCAAAAUCCCCGAGCGCAAGAGCUCGCUGACGAAGCUGAACCGCAGCAACAGCACGGCCAGCAAUGGCACGCUGGAGCGCAGCUAUUCGAGCAGCACGCUCGGCAGCACGCUGGACAGUACCGGCACGAUCAAGCGCAACGGCGUGCUGAUCCAGAAGGAGGUGCUGAAGAUCCUGCGGCAGGAGAACAACAACCGCCUCGACGUGGCGGACGGCAAUGCGCCCAAGGUGGCCGGGACGCCGGGAGCAGUGCAGCCGUCCAGCAGUGAGGCGGCCAGCAGCAAGCUUCCGCCCACGGCCGAGCCGGAACACUCCGAAUCGUCCGACGUGGAGUGCGUGGAGCGUACCGAAAGACUGAAAGUGAAGACAACGAUCAACACGAGCCGCAUUCCUUCCAUGUGCAUCAUCACCCCGACGAACAGUGACGAUGAGCAGCCGCCGGCUGGCUCGGCAACGGCGAAGGCGGCCACGCAGAGGGAUAAUAAAUCGACCGACAAGGCAGGUAUCGGUGCCGGCAAGCGACGGCCCACCCUCACCGAGUCGACCUCCUUCGAGCUGAAGAAACCGAAAGACUUCCGCAAGCACUCGCUGCUCCCGCUGAACAACGUGUUCGAUCGGAUCAAGGGCGCGCUGCCACAUUUGAAGAAAUCGCCCACCAAGGAGGACGCGACGGGUGGCUUUUCCACCACCACCACCAGCCCCAAGGAUCCCGAGGAGGCGGCCGUUGGUGGUGGUGAGUAUGUGGAGAUUUCCAAGGGGCGCAAAACACCGAACGAGCUGACAGUGCGGCGCAAUCUGGCCACCGUGCUGUCGGGCAAUCUGAACGAGGAGACGGAGUACGUCUCGCUGAACGAGCUGCCCUGCAACAUCAAGUGUGAGGGCGCCAACUUCCUGGCGCUGGAUGAGGAGGGCAAAGGAGGCGAAGUGGAAGGGUUACCGGCUGCUGCCACCGAACCCAGCGAGGAUGCGCUGCAACAAUCGGGUCAAGAUGGCGGAAGCGGUGGGCCGGGCAUGGGCGGCGUCGGGCGGCAGGCUGCGCUGAAGGGUGCUGCGCGCGUGAAGCUGGAUGCGAACGGGCGAGCCAUUUUCUCAUCUGACAGCUUGAAGCGACGGAAGGGUGCCCACACGACGUUCGCUCCCGGCCCAUGCGUAAAGGAUGUGUCGUCGCGCGAAGCGCAAUGUAAACAACAGCAUCCUCCUGGGCAGCAGCAGCAGCAGCAACAGUACGCAGUAAGCAAUGCUGGCGGCACAGUGAGUACAACGAACCCAGUCAUCGGUGGUGCACCCGCACUACUGCCCACAACGCGAACACUACUGCUGAAGCGGCCGCUCGUGUCGGCCCGUUACGGUACACCGCGCAUCGGACCAGCUCCGGCAGUGGAGCCAGCGAAGAAAACACUCGUGGCCACGAUUCUCCCCAACAGUGCCAAACCCGCACAGCAACCGCCGCCCCUUCGCCGGGAGGCCCGCGAACUAGCCAGCAUGCGUUCGUUCUCGCCGUACGGGGCGGACGUGAGCAGGGGCGACCACCGUGGUGGUGCCGCGUUCUACGCUGGUGCUGCACCGAUUGCAGCGUAUCAGGCGCCCUCGGUCGCGGGAACAGCAACGGCAUCAGCAGCAGCAGUAGGCCAUGCGAAACUGUACCCCGAAGGUGCACACUCACUGGACCGUUCUAGCAUACGGAACUGGUAUCCGGACAAGCUAACCGUUCAGCGCAAUCCCAGCGCCGCCACCACGCUGCCCACGCGACCCGACUACGCGCGAACGUACCGGGCGGCGGCCGGCCAGGACUACGCACCGCCCCGUGCGCUAAUGUCUGCCGGCGGGUUCGCCAGUCCGCCGGCCAGCCCGCUCGUACCGGACACCGCCGUGCCCGAUCCGCACAGUCUGUACGCGAUUCCGAACAAGGUGAAGCCUUCCCCGCUUGCCGCCGCCGUGCCGAAGCCAAUGGACCGUAGUCUCCGCUCGAUACUGGCCGAGCAGAGCGAGCUGUCGCCGAUCAAACCCUGCCAAACGAACCCCUUCAGGACGUCCACCCCGUCGAAGGAGGACGAGGCGCUGGGAGCGUUGGGACCGCUGCACCACCGUCUCCUGUCGUCGAACGUGCGGUCGCUGGGCAACUCGCCGGUACAUUCGGGCCGGUCGACACCGCGCGAACUGCUCGAAUCGUCGCAGCCUGUCGGUGGUGGAACGCCACGCGGCCGGCACAGCUGGGCCUCGAACAGCGUCGAGGUGCCGAACACAUGCUCGGACCGGCUCGGCACACCCAAGACCAGCCUGAUGGACUUUAAGAAGCUGCUGCUAGCUCACGGCACCAAGACGCACGCCAGCCCGGGCUCCAAGAUGUCCGCGGUGGAGAUGCUGAAGAAGAGCAAGGAGUCGGCCGCCACACGGCCCAAGGAUCAGUCGAGCGGCGGCUCGCCUGCUUCGUCCAGCGGGAUGGCCAUACUGGACAUGUCUGCUUCGCCGAAGAUGUACAGCUUCCGGCGGAUAGCGCAGCAGGGCGGGUACGGUGGAUCGCCCACGAAGGGUGCAGGGAGUGGCGGCGGCGGUGGUAGUGGUAAAGGUGCUGCCGGACGUUCCAACUGGCGCUACAACAAUAUGCGCACGGGCGUCAUCUCCACCGCCAUCCCGGAAGCGAACAGUGAGGAAGACAUCGUUCCACCGGCGCCGGCGACGACGACAAAGAGCGUCGAGCGGGAGGAACCCGUUCGUGCGUCCGGGAAGGCACCGGAAGGCGAGAGCGGUGGUGUGGUCGAGGAAGCGAUCAGCAGCUUUAAGGAGAACAUUUUCCUCAAAGAGGACGAAAACAAUUUCAUGCGCGGCGAGGUACCGCGCAUGACGAAAUCGUUCGCCGGCUUCUCGACCGUGGACGGGCGGAAGGAUAUGGCGGGCGGAAAGCUGUUGCAGGCCGCACGGGACCAGGAAGCGGCGGAUGAGGCCGCUUCCAAGCAGGCAGCACUCGAGACGGCACUCUAGAAGGGGGUGUGGGAAAGAAGCGCGAAUGCCACGCGUCACGACUUUCAAGACUUAAGCUACUUCUAUUAAGCCUUCAAACUUAAUCCGCCCCAAAAAGAGGACUUUACGCCGCGUGUGUUUAUGUGUGCGUGUGUGUGUGUGUCUGUGUGCGCAUUUGCGUGUCUAUCCAGAGCUGAGAGAUGGGUGUAUUCCCCCGGUUGUGUGGCUCUUGUAUUUAUCCUUAUUUAUUCUAAUUUAUUUCCUGUGUGUUUUUUUUUGUUUUGUUCAACUGUUGUUUAGAUAUUUAUGAAGCAAUCACACUCAAGCGGAACCCCCAUUCGGGAGCGGUUCCCUUCGCUGGCGCUCCCUUUCUCGCUUUUACUCUUGCCUUUAGUUGCUUUAAGAAAAAUUGUUAAUUUAAAACAAAAAAAAAAUCAUCGCCUUUCUUUCGCCUUUUAGCUUCCCUCCCCCUUUCCUUCUAUUUCCGAUACUACCCCACCCACCCGCGGCGGUGUGUUGGCAAUGCAUUAGGCAAAAAAGUAGAAGAGACUUUGCCGCGUGGCGAUGCGCUAUACUAUUGCGCAAAGCGAAUUAAGGAAUGGAAUGAUUUCGUUAGUAAUAGAAAAAAGGCCAAAAUUCUUCCGAUCGAUUAGAUACAGAGAGGCUCUCGCUGAACGUGAAAAGUGUGCUAUUUUGGCAAGAUUUCAAUAGGGAAUUCCAGUGCCGGAGGAGAUUCGCCAAAAAAAAAAUGAAAAAAAACGGAAAAACAAUCAAUACGCUAGCAAUGCAAGCCAAUUAAUGGUAAUAUUUAAAAUUUAAGAGGACUCAAAAACGACUCAAAACCCCUUUACUAAUUCGAUCGCUGUACUAGACAAGAAACACAUACAAAGUAUUAUCAUGCAAAAGAUGAGGCGGCCCCAAUACGCGUGUGGCGCACUACUCUAGGAGCACAUAUUCGACGUAGUUUCAUUCAUAUCAAGGCUAGUAGCAUUUAAGGCUUUAUCUUCGUAUGCAUUUACAGCUAAAUUGCCCCCGCAGCUCGGUUAGCAUUUUUUAUUAUUAUUAUUUUCCUGUUUUGGUUUGAUGAACGGUGUUGUGUGAGCCGCCGCUGCGUUUCGGCAGCAGCCAGCUGGUGUGUGGCACAGGCAGCUAAUAGGACUAAACUAUUGCGAAGAGCGAGGACGUGUUCAGAGCAUUAUUGUUGCAUUAUUGAAUGGAGACAUAUUUAAUGGAAGCAAUUUAAGAGAAUAAAGCAUUAAAAUAUUUAGCGGUUAA